GAUGGAUGAAUCUAGAGUUGCGUCAAUAACAUUUUAGAAAACAUGUUUGCAAUGGAUCACAUCUCGUUUUUCGAUUGAUUUGAAAAAUGUACAUUUCUUUAGAGGGGAGAGCUAUCUCCUCCAAUCCUCAUGGUCGGUGAGUUCAAGUCAAAUCCGGCAACCCUGGCCGUAACCAGUUCUUACUACAAAAUUAGCCAGUUCAAUGAACACAAGUCCGGGAUUUGGCGCCAAUUCUCUGUAGUUUUGGAGACCUUCCUCAUCAUCUUGGACGUGCCUUCCAUCUUCACUGUCCUCGAUUGAUCCCGUAUUCCAUCUGGGGCGUCCGAAAGUAACGCCCUAUUGAGAAAAACAAACCCAAGCCACGCCUUUUCUGUCUAGCCUUUUAACCCAAGCCGCCCGUGGUGAGUGCUGCCACUCGUCUGGUCGCGGGCGCAGUCUCCUUUCCCGUAGACCUCACCAUGGGACCCCAUCCGGAGACUGGUCGCUCCACUACGUCCGCCCGAAGGCGUCUCCCGGCGAAGAGCAUACCCACUUGUCCCUCACCCUUAAUUCAGGGCGGCAAAUCCAUGAGCGGCGUGCCGUGUUGCGGCCCUUUCCACGGAAUUCCCCUCGAGAUUCGUUACUUGAUCCUAGAUUACUUGACCUUCUUUGAUUUGGGUCAACUGAGUUUGACUAAUCGAGUAUUUCGCACAUGGGUGGCCGCUUGGUUACAGUCCCGCCCUGCCCUUGUGCGAUUGCCGGAUUUGCGGACAUUUCUGACCUCUUCACCGAUCAAGAAGCUCAUGAGUCCACCGCUAGCAUCGGGUAGUCCGGAGUCAGCCGAGGCCAUGGCCCUGAUUGGCCUUCAAUCUCAGCCUCAUGUGGCGUUCGCCUUGUUGUGCAAACGCCUGACGUUCUUGUACGGGUCGCAGGAACGGAUUCGUUUUGCCAAUCGAUAUUUCGACUUGGCCCUCAAAAGCUGCCAAUCCCAAUCGCCCCAAUCCGAGGAUUGGGAAGACACGCUCGUGGUGAUCGUGUACUUUCAGAUGCUUCAUGCUUUCACGCGCGGUUGGGACGAAUCCGAGUUUUCGCAAGUGAUCGCUGCUGCUGAGCUCCGAUUUGGAAUCCAAAGCCAAUUGUCGCGCUUCGUUAAAUCCGACAAGCGCGAAGACGUGUGUGUCGUCUCGGAAAUGCACCUCCGCCUGGUUUUGCGCUCUCUCACGUGGGAUUUUGUGGGCAAAGACUACACCUUACGGGCGACUUGGAUUCUGACAAUUAUUCGACGAUUCGUUUGGCAAUCUCCUCGAGCUGAGGCGAUGACUUUCUUCCUCUUGUUUGGUCCAACUUGCGAUGACAAUGUAUCCCAUUACGAAGCUUUAGGCCUCGUCAAUCGAUCCCAACGCGUUGUCAUGGAAGAAUUGAACAAUCAUGCCGACUGGUCCCGCUUUGAAGAUUCCAACCCCGAGGACUUUCACGAGGGCAAAGCCAUGUUUUACACUCUAGCACAGGCCAUUUGUUCGUGUGUGAAUGCGAACAAGAAAUGGCGUACCGAACACGUGAACAGAGUGCUUGAUGAGCUAUUCAAAGUUCCUCGUCCGUGGCGAAGGGAUAAUGUGGCUGGAUUUCUGCUCUUCUGCAGCGAAAAGCUCAUCCUCGAUUACUUAAGAGACAAGUUGAGUUGUGGGAGCUUGAAAAAUGUGGAGACCGUCGCCCGGUUACUUUUUGAUAUGAUCUUGGUGUCCUACCGAUUCGACAACGAACUCAACCCAGAACGAGGAAUUGGAAAGAUCUUCGACCUGAUGUGCAAAUUUCCCACCUCAAAGGAUAUGCAGUUGCGCUUAUUCGAAGAGGUCUGGCGAGUGGCUCUUUUAGAAAUGGACACCUUCGAGCUCACAUCAGAUGAAGAAGAACUCUCAGAAGUCAUUAGGAACAUGGGAGUUCAUCUAAUGCGCCACGCCUACCUCAAUACAAUUCCACCGGUGGAGAUCACAAUUAAGGCCGAAGACGUCAGCGACGAUUUAACAAUGGAAGAGUAAUAUUUUAACCCAGUAUUCCCGAUGAUUCACUUCGAAAAUGGUAGUUGGUAACGAAUCCCUCUCAAGAAAUAAUCGAUUUGACAGACGAUAAUCGAUCCAGAAGUCUCCCUGUCUAAGUGCAAAUUUUUGUUACCUGCAAUCAACUGUUAAGUUUACCUAAAUUAAUAUGAAAUCUGAAAAGGUCGAAACGAGAGAAUAAAUUUAUUUUGUUCAAGUGAAACAAGAA